UAAAUAAGAGAAUGAAUUAAAAUGAAAUAAAAAGUAAAUUUAAGAAAAAAAAAAAUAAAGUGAGAGAACGGGGAAGCAGAAGAAGGAAAAAACAAAACAAAAAAACAAUAACAACAGCAACGUUAAUUGCUUGUGUAUAAUGAUAUGCAAAGUGUUUGAUGAUUCAGGAGAUGAUGAUAAUAUUUUAGCCAUUAAUUAAGGAUUGUAUUAUCUUUCUCUCUCCUUUUUUAGCGAACGCACGUGUAGAGAGAAAGCGGGCGGAGAAAAAAGAACCCUUUGUGUGUAGAAGAGAAGGAGAAAAGAGGAGACAAUAGAGACAAAGCAAUAAUUAAUAGAAGAAGCAAUAUAUUGAACUAAGAGUGAGAUAGAGUAACGGAUACGUGUGUGAGAGAAUAAGUGAUUCGAACGAAACAAGAGACAAGAGAAAACAAAUAAAAACAAAAGAAAAACAAAAGCGAAUGAUAUAAACCAACUAGACGAACGAUAAUACACCAAAACAAGUAAUAACAAAUAAAACAAAAACUACAAAAGAAAACUAAAGAAAAGAAAGUCAUUUUAUUUUCUUUUUCUUUUUUCUUUUUUUUUUUCUCUCUCUCUCUCUUUUUUUUUUUUUUUUGUCUCCUUCUCGCCCUCGAGCCGAACUUGCACCAUGGUCGCCGUGCAGGUGCUCCUCAUGAACUACUUCCUCCUCGGCCUCCACACCGACCACCAACUCCCUAAUGACGUCAUCUUGCCAGGUAAGAACCCCAUUCUUACCAAUGACGUCACAGGUACAGACAUAGCCGUGGACGUCAGGUGCCCCUACGGCUGCGAACAGUGCUCGCCCAUCAACGGGUGUCUGGCCUGCAAGCCGCCCUUCUACCUCCUCCUGCGGCGCGACGGACCCCGGCAGACGGCGACCUGCACGAGAGCGUGUCCCAGGGGCUUCUACAAGAUCAAGAGAAAAAAGAAACGAGGAUUUUGUGCAAAAUGCAUGUUGCGAGGCUGCGAGGAAUGCUCCACCAGACACUAUUGCUCCGUUUGCAAGACAGGCAAGUUCCGCCACGCCGGCCGCUGCUACAAGCGGUGCCCCGAGGGAACGGUCAUCAGCCCUCGCUCGCCGGGGCUCUGUCUGCCGGCGCCGCUGCCCGUGCCCGACGUCUACAACGAGAUCGAGGUGACCAACGCCACGACGCCCUCGCCCGCGCCCUCCCCCCCCGGGCCCCCGACCAACGCCACGUCGGCCGAGAGGACCACCAAGAGGCCGCGGAAGAGGAGGAAGAGGAAGCGCAGGAAGGAGAAGGGCAAGGGAGGCCGGCACAGCGGCAGGAGGCACAAGUCCAGGAGGCACCAGCAGCGAGGGAGGCACCGAAGAGGACGCGCAAGAGAGCGGAGACGGAAAAAAGAGGAGGAGGCGAAGGAGGGAAUGAGGCAGACGAUAGCGAACGUGACCGAAGCGCCGGCGAGUCAGUGAGCGAAGCCCGUGGGUCGUUUACUCUUCGGGAGUUCUUCGUCCGUCCCGCCCACUUGUGAGAAGAGGUGUCCUCUUAAUCUCGCUCCAGACAGUGCUCGUGAGGCAAAGGUACUCGAAAAAAGGUAUCUAACUUCAUCCCGUUCAGUCGGUGCUCGUGAAAAAAAAAAAAAAAAAAAAAAAAAGUGCACGAGAGAAGGUACCAAUCUUAUCUCGUUCAGAAGUGCUCGUGAGAACAAAAAGGUCCCCGAAAAAGCACCUUCUUUAUCUCUUUUCAGCCAGCACUCCCGAGAAAUGUAUCCCUUAGAGAAAGUACCUACUUCAUCUCGCCCACUUGGUACUCGUUACCAGUCAACACGACAUGGACGUCUCUCCUCAAUACCUAGGUGCUGGUAACAGGUGUUCUGCCUUUGCGCUAACGGUGAUGUGCGAAACGAGUGCUCUCUUUACAUACGACGUGCGUUAAUUGCCUCCAGGCUAACCCGACGUUUGACUGGCUAAAGUAAACGAGGCAGAUUCGUGGCUUCUAACCGAAGUGCCGAGGAAAUGUGUUCCUUGGAAAUCAACAUAAAGGGAAGUUUGACAAAGAGAAAAAAAAAGCUUGAUUUUUUUUCCUGAGAACU